CUCCACGACCCCGGCAACAUUCAACUUAUGGUUGUUAACUCUCGUUCCUUAACGCUUGUACGGAAUCUCAAAGGUGGAUUUUGUUCUGCGAAACAAAAUUCGGUCGUUGUCCCUCCAGUUUGAUGGUGUAAAAUAUGUCCAUUGAUGCCCACACCGGCCACACGCACAGUUAAAUUUUCAAGGUCGUCUCGUCAUCCAGCGCACCAGUGCAGCGACCAGACCAGCGGCCCAUGGCCUCGGCCGCCUCGGGCCCCUCGGCAGGCACAGGCAGGGGGCGUUUGGCAUCCAUAUCCAGCUCCAGUUCCAGUUCCCCUACAGGCACAAGCUAUAGCUGACCGUGUGCUCUAAUAUCAUGACCAAUUUAAGUGUGACAGCAUCUGCCUUGCCGUCCCUCUUGACAGGUGGAAUGGAGACUGUUGUCAUGGUAGCUAUUGGAGUUCUCGCUGCUGUAUUUGUAGGUGCCCUCAUAGUUCUUGUCAUCCUAUGCUGGCAGAAAUUAAGCCGAAAUGGUGUGUGUGGGAUUAAACGAAGUAAAUGCAGUGGCUGCGACGCAAGGCCGGAUAUUCAUUUGAUUGAACCAGAUGCAGAGCUUGAGCUCGGUGACGUGUGUUUGCAUCCUGAUAUAAAAGAAAUUUUGGCGGAUGAACAGUGGAUUGAUGAUGCCACGGGAUUGGUUCCGCACACUUUGGCUGUUUUGCGUGCUUGCCACAAAUUGACUGAACGAUUGGCAGCUCUAGCAAUGGGCCCUCUGACUAAUCACAAAACAGGAUCCCAAAUAAUGAAUGUAGCACGACGAAUUUCUCCAAGAGUUGAUGAUGUUGUAAGAUCAAUGUAUCCCCCACUUGAUCCAAGGCUUUUAGAAGCCCGAACAGCUGCUUUGGUAUUGGCUGUCACCAACCUGUCUUUGGUAACCAGACAUGGGUGCUCUCCUGGACGCUCCCAGCGCCUUGAUUGGAUUGAUCAAGCACUUCUGUCAAUGGACUCCCACUUGAAGGUUCUUCGAGAUGCUGCAAUAUCCCAAGAAAUGAGCUGUCGUAUACAACAGAACUCAUCCAACCUGAGCACUGUUCAAGGCUAGAAUAUCAAAAAGUGUCUGAUGAGUGCCCAACAAGGAAAAGAAGUGUCUUCACUGAUAUUUUACAGUAUUUAUUCAUAACCAAAGUUGAUAUGGGUUACAAGCUUUUGGUCAUAAAAGCACAGCAUACAGAA